CCACCAUGUGGAUGCUCGUGCCCAUCGCUUUUGCUGGAAAGCUGCUGAGCGCUUUCCGGAAGCCGCUGAGCUCUCUAUGGAGCAGCCUGGUCCCCUGGUUCUUCUGGCUCAGGGCAGUGCUCUGGCUGGCAGGGGGCAAGAGCCUGCAGCCUCGAGCCCGGGCGCACCUGCCGGAGAGCAGAGCGGGGGCGAAGGAGGGCCUGGACCAGCCCACCAUCCCCACCAGCGUCAACUACCACUUCACCCGCCAGUGCAACUAUAAGUGUGGCUUCUGCUUCCACACGGCCAAGACGUCCUUUGUGCUGCCCCUGGCUGAGGCCAAGCGAGGGCUGCGGCUGCUGCAGGAAGCCGGGAUGGAGAAGAUAAACUUCUCAGGCGGGGAGCCAUUUAUCCAUGACCGGGGCGAGUACCUGGGCAAGCUGGUGAGGUUCUGCAAAGAGGAGCUCGGGCUGCCCAGCGUGAGCAUCGUGAGCAACGGGAGCCUGAUCCGGGAGCGCUGGUUCCAGAACUAUGGUGAAUACCUGGACAUCCUCGCCAUCUCCUGUGACAGCUUUGAUGAGCAGGUCAAUGUCCUCAUCGGCCGUGGGCAAGGAAAGAAAAACCAUGUGGAAAACCUCCAGAAACUGAGGACGUGGUGUAGAGAUUAUCGAGUGGCCUUCAAAAUCAACUCUGUCAUCAAUCGAUUCAACGUGGACGAGGACAUGAGGGAGCAGAUUAAAGCCCUGAACCCCGUCCGCUGGAAGGUCUUCCAAUGUCUCCUGAUUGAGGGGGAGAAUUCUGGAGAGGAUGCCCUGAGGGAAGCGCAGCGGUUUGUUAUCAGUGAUGAAGAAUUUGAAGGAUUCUUAGACCGCCACAAAGAGGUGUCCUGUUUGGUGCCUGAGUCUAACCAGAAGAUGAGAGAUUCUUACCUUAUUCUGGAUGAGUAUAUGCGCUUCCUGAACUGUCAGAAUGGGCGGAAGGAUCCUUCCAAGUCUAUCCUGGAUGUUGGAGUAGAGGAAGCUAUAAAAUUCAGUGGAUUUGAUGAAAAGAUGUUUCUAAAGCGAGGAGGAAAAUAUGUAUGGAGCAAGGCAGAUCUGAAACUGGACUGGUAGAGGGAAGAUGGAGCAAGCCUUCAACCCACCUGUGGGGAACUUACUCAGACUCAGGGUGUGGCAACUUCCAUCGGCGGGGCUUCCUGUUGGCAUUUUGCAAGGGCCCCAGAUCUGAUUUCCUGUUGCACGUGAUGUCUGAUUGUCUGUGGCCACUGAACACACAAAUCACUGGGAUAAUUGAAAUCCGUCGAUAAUGCAAAACCAGUAACUUUAGUUAAUUAGCCUAUUUAGGAUUUAUUUUUUUUAGCAAGUGUUUUCUGUGACUCCUGUGCUCCUAGUUUUGAUGUUAUUUUUCCAGUCCUUUCAUUUGCUAGAGUCGGGUUUUUUUUUUCCUACUAAAUAGUGAGAUGCCAAUUUUCACACCUAGAGCAAUUACAAAAUCCCUGCCCCUCCCUCAAUUAUUCUGCUUGUUGCCACGCUCUUUCCCUUCUGCCUUUAAGCCACUGAAGUCUUGGACUCUUUACCCAGAAGGUUGGAAACAGUCAACAGAUAUUUCACAGGGUAGGAAAUGAUCAUCUCAUCGGUGCUCAGUAAGCACCUCGAAGAACAGCGUCCCCGUGCCGGUGCUCUGCACAGCCCCUGGGCCCCGCUGGCUGUUCUGUGGGUGUUAAUUAUCUCUGCGGCUCUGUUUUCUCUUCCGAGUCUCAGCAAAACCAGCAAACUCCAUACCUUUCAUGACAAAGUUGACCCGGGGUCAGGGUUCCUGUUGCUGCAGGAAUCCGUCAUCCAAGCCACCUGAGUCGGCCUCGCCACGGCGUAUGCGUUCAUUUGGAUGGACAGUUGUCCCCACAUCUCUGAUAAAUGACACCUUACUGGAUGGGCCUGAUCUGUUAGGAAACAGCCCUGGACUGGUAUGUAAGGAAAGAAUGUGAGGAAGCAUCUAGAAUGUGCCUGGAUUUUACAUCAACAAACCAGUGGCACAAUAUCAUAUAUCUCAACUAACUUUGAAUCACUUGAAAUAAGGAUAUACUCUGGGUCAGUAGGAGAAGAUCCUGUUCCCUCCUUUACCAGCUUCUUUGGAAAAAUGUCACCUGAAGUGGGUCAGGGAACAGAAGCCUGCCCUAGUGGAAAUAUCACAUGCACUUUGUUUAUUUAAUUUAGAUAGUAUCUCAUUGCCUGGAAAACAAUAAUUUCUUUUUUUUUUUAAUAAUUUCUUAUCAUUGUUUCAGAAAUAGGAAAUCAUGGGGAUCCACCCCCACCUCCCUCGGAGGCAAAGGCACAUUUUCAUCCAGCUGCCAUGCUGGGGUUGGUCACUAGGUGGCAUUAAAUGCUGCCUGAGUCCCUGAUGCAAACACCCAGCAAUUCCACUACUUAACCUAGUUUACAGACUUGGUGAUUUUGAAAGUUUGGUUUUUGUGAUUUUUUUUUCUCAGAAAAGAUAUUUCUACUUCAAGUUUUAAGUGACUGCAAUUCAACUGAAAUAUGGUUGUGUCUCAUCUAAAACAGGGUCAAAUAAAUGGGUAAAAUAAAUAUAUGAAUACAAUUUAAAAUUAAUUAGUUAAUUAAAAAAAACAGGAUAGGCUGUCAUACACUUUCCAUUUUAUUUUGUUGUAUAUCUUAAGAGAACAACGAAUUAGAAAGUUUUUUUUUCCCUGUAUGGGUUUUGACCGUAGUUAAGCUAUGAUGCCCUUAAUAUAAUCAGUAUAAAUAUAUUUUUUUAAUGUAACAUGAGCGUACUAUGCAGGUCUUGACCCUAUUCAACAAGAUCAAGUUCAUCAAAGAAAGAUCAGGUAUGUGGAAGCAUCAAAGAUGUUGUCUGGUGGAUAGCAGGGGCUCAAUCAUUAUUUGAGACAGAAUCUAAAUUGGGAACCCACAUCCUCUGAGUUGGAAUGAAUUUCUCUCAAAUCCGCUCAAAUUAAAAAAAAUGUGGAAAAUUGUGUUACUCUUUCCCCAAAGGGAAAUCUAAAACAAAACAAAACCAAACUGCCCCUGAGAAAUAGGCAUUUUAAAUAUAUUUUUCCAACUGGUUUUUACAUCAACGCUCCCCAUCCUUACGCACUAUCGGGAUUUGCAAUGUUUAAAAUAUCUAAAUGUUUCCUUUUCUUAAGGGGGAGAAAUAAGGACACUUAUUAUUUGUCAUUAGAGUAAAAUUCAAAUUUGGAUCAUAUAACGUUUUGCUUUAUUUUUUUUUUGGUCUUAAAUAGGAAUUUCAGUUUUAUGAUAUAUUUUCCUCUUUAUUGAGAAAACAACUGGAGUACAUUUACCAUGAUGAGCUCUGGGUAAUGUAGAGAAGUGUUGGAUCACCUUAUUGUACGUCUGAAAUUAAUACAACGCUAUAUGUCAGCUAACUGGAAUUUUUUGGGAAAAAAAUGAAUGAAAAAGAAAGGAAAAAUCAAAUGGUAGUUUAUCUGAGGCAUCUCAAUGUGUUGAGGGCAAAGGUUUUGUGGUGCUUUUAGGUGUCGCUAACGUUUACAUUGUAAUGAUAUGAAGAGAAUUUUGCCUUAAGAAAUCUGGGAAGACCGGACAUUAGGAAUAGCAUAUUGGUUUUACAAGUACGAGUCACCUUUGUCAUUUAGUGAUAAAUGACCUGAAAGUUCCCUAUUUUCUUUUAAGUUUGAAGAUGGCUGAGACCACCCAGAUCCAUCAUCUGAAAUGCAGGCUCCUGUUCCAUCUCAACUGGAAUUUGGAGGCUAGUGGUUGGGUUGGUCCAAAGAACCAUGAUGCUAAAACGAGCCACCAGUCUCCAUGAGGCUGUAUCAGGCAAUGAUUCAUCUUGUUGGCUAACCUCUUAUUUUUUUUUUUAACCUCUUGUUAAAGACUGUUUAACCAGUUGUACUUAGGGGGAGAUUCAUUGUGCUGUAAGAUUUUGAGCCUUUGUCUUGAGUAUAUAUAUGUCUUAAUUUUUAAGAAAAGUAUAUAUUUUUUUCUUCAUAUGUGAUGCUUUCUGAGGAUUUAUCUCAUGUGUUGUAAGA